CACUGGUACUCUUGUGUUGCCAUGUUGUUAUGAUUCGGAAGAGAAAAGGGGGACUUGUUCGACCGAGCCGACUCCCGAAUUUGUGACUGGUUGAUCAAAGUUCCAAAGUGGAAGACGGAGUUGGUCAACGCGGAAGGAGUAGCGGAUAUCCUCCUUCAUUCCGCGAUCGGGUUCGCUCACGUAAAUCGCAUGAGCAUGCGCCAGGUCGGCUUGAGGCAUAAUCUCAACCUCCGACAAGGCUUCUCUCUUGGACCUGCAAGUGGGCCCCAUCGUCAAGCACAGAAUGUCAAAGGCUUCGGCUGGAAUGCGACUCCGGUCGAGAUCCAGGCUGCCAACAGUCUCUGCGACAUGUUCCGGCUGCUCAUACCAAUCAAGAACUUGAGCCCCGUGACCUCGAGGGGACUUCUCAGGCCUGCCCUUGCCUACUUGGACGCUUGCGUCUUCCUAGGCCUCGACACGCCCGCCAUCAGGGAAAAGCUCAACAUGAUCGUACAUAUCCUGACCGUGCACGGGGAAAUAUGGCCCAUUUCACGGAAGGUUGCCGACGAGGUUAGGGAGAUAAUCAAGGAGUAUAUCCCAGCGUCCUCAAGCUCGCACCAGGAAAUAGAGGUUUCAAGGAGGUCGCCUUGGGCACUGGCUUCGGGUGCGGAUGUCGAUGUUAUUCCUAAUGCCUGGCUGCUCCCUGAUUUCGACCUGACGCUCUAUCCUGAGUUUGAUCAUCUGGAUCAGUGGACAAUUCAAGGCAAUGAGAACCACCAUAUUAAUGUCUAGGUAGGAUACUGAGACAGGCUUGCGUGAUAGAAAUGGCCGAUCUGUUAACAUAAUACGAGGAGUUCGGGAAAGUAAGUCUUCAGUCCAAAAAUACCAACCGUGGUUAAAUCAGGAUGCAUUGGGGGUGGUGCUGAUGGUGGGAUUGACUCUCAGGAACCUGCAGCUACGGAAGGGCUACAUGGGGACAGCGGGCUCAGGCCCUGGUAUCAAUGGUCUUUUUAGGGGGCGUCGGUGCGAGUACCCAGGCAUCAGGAAUACAGCAUGUUAAGCGGGCUUUGAUUUCAUGAAAAGAAACCAGCUAGGCGAUAAUUAAUAUGAAUUGUUAACCAUCAGAGCUGGUCGUCUGAAUGUAAGUACGAACAGGUCUGGGUCUAAGAUGGAUGA